CACACUAGUGUUCGAGUUGCACAUGCUUGGUCUUUUUGAUAAUUUAAAAGUGAAAAAAGGCUAGACAAUGGUCGAAAAUAAAGUAAAACAGUGUUUGUGAAGCGUAUAAAGCCAGGAAAAGCGAGCUUUAGCCGAUUUUCUAGACCUGGCUGUUGUCGGAUGACUAAAAAAUCAAACCAACGAUAGGCGUGCAACAAAAACGAGUGCGAAAGAAUUUCGGAUUUCUGUCGUCAUUUAUAUUGAAAAACUGUUGCGAUUUUGAGGGAAGCUUCUUUGAAUAGUGGUAAUGGAUGAUCCCGGGAGGCAGGUCAUUAUGGGUCCACCGGCGGCAGUGGCCACCGCUUCCAAUCAACCCGGUCCUGGCAAUCCCAGCAGUGCCCCUCCCCCACAAGUGACCAAAGGCGCACCUCCGCCCAAGCGGAUAAUUAAAAAGGUUCAGCUGGAUUUCAACAAGCUUAAGGAAGCGGGACUGGACAGGCAACUGGCCGAGGUCCUGAGAAAUCAAAAACUUGGAGCCCGGAAGGUGGAGACCCCUUCAUCCAGCAUUCCUUCGCCCUCUGCCGCUGCGCAGUCGACGUCGAAUGCAGCAGAGUGCAAAUUGCAUCAGUCACAACAACAAUUUCGUCAGCCUGGUAAUUCAACACCGCAGCCCUUGGUGAAGCGAUUUAUGAUUUCGGAGUUUAUAGAAAAGACGGUGCCCAUACAGACGUCACCAAACCCAACAGUGUACAACACGACAAAUGCCAAUCGUUCAAUGCACGUCAAGACGUUGUUAAAAAACAGGAUACUUAACAAGAACAUGACCACCAACUCGCAGCCUCAGCAGAUGGCAACAACAUCCCAGGCGGCGUCGCUAUCCUCUGCCCAGGGUUCAGCUUCUCGGGCUGCAGCUCCUCCUGCAGCCUUCUCCAUGCCCAUUGCCAAGGCGGACUUGACCAUCCGCCCAAAGCAGCAACCACUGCUGCUCAAUCUUGUGAAUCAACUGCCCAAACAUCGAGCCAUGUGCGGACCGAGUAACAAGUCGUUGAUGAAGCAGCAGCAUACUCCUGGGCAGCAAAUUUCACCAAAUCCACAGAGAAUAGCAGCACAGCAACCCAUACAGAUUUCCACACAACUCCAGCCACAACAUCCGUUUCAGCCAGCUCCAGAAGUUCCUGUUGAUCAAUCAGUUUCAGUGGUGUCCCCAAGACUCCACAAGAGCCCCUCGCCGCCACUUAUUGUUCUGGAGAACAAGGUGUUGGCACCCAACGAGAAGAUCGAUUUAAGUGGACUGCGUCUGCCAAAUGCUCCGGUGCCCACAACUCUGUCACAGGCAAAACCUUCAGAGACCAACGUUCAAACCAGUCUUCAAUCCAAGAUUAUUAAAGGCAAGGUUAUUAUGAACGUCAACAAGUUCAAGGUCUCGCGGGAAAAGCUGGCCGAGAUGGCCAAAGAGAUUCGGCAACAGGCGAAUCAGGUGAAACUCCCUGCAACACCGGAACCAGCUUCCUCAAAGGGCAUUAAUUCAACCACUGAAAGGCCAUUCACUAUCACGUCAAUUCUUCAACGAAAUAAGACGCCCCUUUUUACUCCAGCAACGCUUGAAGAAAAUAACGAUCCUUUAAGCAAUUCAAUGCUUAAAGCAAACAAUUUGCCAAUAAGCAAUCCAUUGCUUAAAGCAAACAAUUUGGAAUCUGGAAAGACAAAGGAGUAUACUGGCGAGGUGGAGGCAGAACCAAGCCCUCUUGAACUUCCGUUGUAUAUUCCAUCAACUCUUGAGGUAAAACUAUUGCCUCAAACAGUAUCCAAGGCAUCAAGUACUCUUCCUGCUACUACGGAACCAAAGGAAUGUUGUAAAAAGGUCACCACGAAAUCAAGCCCUCCCAAACACUCGGGAUAUAUUUCUUCAACUUCAGAAAGGGAAGGAGGGCUGCAAGAACCAAACCCUCUUGAUUUUCCUGUCUAUAUUCCCUCAACUGAGCAGCUUACACAGUUGCCUGGAACUAUGACUACAGAAUCAUCUUCUGAUCUGCAUGUACCUAUUCCAGCAACUGAAGAAAUGAAUGCAGGAUUAAGCAGACCUGCAUAUACUCCACUAUCUCCGGAAAAAAUAAGUUUGCCUGAAGGUGUAACAACAGCAUCCAAAGCUGCUGACUUGUCUAAACCAGAAGUUUACCAUGAGGAAGUGACUAAAGAAUCAAGAUUCAUUGACUUGCCUAACUGUAUUCCUUCAACUUGCGAAACCACGGAGUUUCCUAUUAAAGAAGCUGCAAGUCCAACACAGCCUGAGUUAAUUUUAAAACUGAAUGAAUUUUCGGAAAAGUCUAGCACGGAAUCAAGCUGCUUGGCAUCUACAGGGAUCAAAUCACCAGUAAAGAAGGUUCAAACUGCAGUAGAUUUCAUAGCCCAACUAGCGGCUGAAAAUCCGCUAGACGAAAGCGCCUUCAUGGAUCUCUCGCCGGAAGAACAAAGACUAAACGCCCUUUUUGGAGGCGGUGAAUAUAUGGGUACGUCGCCAGUCAAUGAACCUGCGCAGCCCGAGGAGGAGUUGCCCAUUGGAAAGAUUGUCCAAAUGGACAACAUGAAUAUACUGCACGCCACUUUGGAUGUACACAGCGAUAGUACAAACGUACUUCGGAUAAGCCCCAAUGCUUUGAGGCUGCAAAGCAGUGAGUCUAUUGUGGAAACGUCAUUGGUUGAUACUGAAGGAGUGUCAGAUUCAGUUGUGGAGGAGAAGAAAAAACAAGUCAACUUGCCGGAGCCACCUGCUGAGGUCGCUACUAAGCCAAGUGUGGUGAAAUCUUUGGUGUUUGAAACUUUAGAAACUCCAAAGAAAGAACCACAAGAAGAUGCUUGCAGUACAGAAAUAAACACAACUAAUUUGGAAAACGAUCAUAAUCCUAAGCUAAACAAAUCAGAAGUGCCUUUGGAAGAGAUCAAGCCAGUGUCUGAUACAGAGCCUGUACAGGAGGUAAAUCCUCCCGUAAAAAAGACAACUAUCAGAUCGAAGAAGGCUAAAAUCAAUUUAGUGCAACGCACUAAAAGGCCAAGCAUCCCCAAGGCAAUUGAGGCAAAGAAAACCAAGCUAGAUUUUGAGGAGGGAGAAGAGGAGGCGAUGGCUAUCGAUCACAGCUUGCUGGAGGACCGAUACGGAGUUGCAGGAGUCGAGGUGCCAGCAGAUGAGAAGCAGAAUGAAGAAGAUGCCAGAGAGUCCAGAGAAGAAGACACCAGUAAAGAAACUAGUCCACUUCAAGAUGACCCAGCAAAAAUGUCAGUCGAACAAGAGACAUUCGAUAAAACUAAAACAAAUCCCCCGGAAGAACAUCAAGUUGCAACCAAAUCUUCAACAGAACGCGAUCUAACCCAACUGUACCAUCCACCGAAAAUGCCCAAAAAUAAGCCCAGUCAGAAAAACAGUGCUCAGGAGAUCUUGGACGAUUCACAACCCACAACAACGAGUAGUAAUGUCUCCCUCAUAGAAAUCCUUUCCCAGGAUGCUCCACCGCCUCAGGGAGAAGCUCAGUUACCAUUUCGCAAGAAGUCUAUAGAGCUUGAUCCAUGUGUACCAAGCACGUCGGAUGUCACAGGAAUUCAGGAUUUAAUUGGGCACUUGACUGCCGAAAAAGUGACACCACAAAUCAAAAAGCUGUCGCCAACGCCGAAAGCAGAGGAACCAUCGAAACCUAUGACCCGCAAGAAACUUGUAAAAACGAGACCGGUUCUCAGCAAGAGAUCCGCGAAAUCCGGUCAGAAGGCUUCACAAGAAAAGCCAAACCAUUUUGAAUUCCUCCAUCCAGUCAGUGCAAAUGUUGGAGGUCGCAUUCCCACAUCCAGCACUAGUGAUGAUGAUGGCUCCAUAUUUUUGGGCUUCGAUAACAAGGCGGAGAAUCGUUCUAAAACUCCAGUAAGAAGCAACCGAGUGAGACAAAUGAAGAUCAACGAAACGGACAUAAGCGAUGACGCAACUCCGGAUUACGACGAGACCGAGGAGGAGCAGCAGCCUACAAAAAAGCAGACAUCAGAGAAGAACUCUAUCAGUAAAAAAAAGGUUGUGGGAGCUUUUUUGGACGAUUCAGAUAGCAGUAAUGGAGGCCCCACCAGUCCAAUGGACUUUGGGGACAACGUAUCGAUUGAUGAAGACAGAGCGUCUGAAGUUUACCCGCAAAGGGAAGCAACUAAUUGGGAAAAUCUUGUAAAUGAAACUGAAUAUGUUGUUAGUAAAGAGAAAGUAGCCACGGAAGAGAAACAGGAUUGUCUUACAGAAACAUCAGAUGAAGCGGAUAAAUCUUCAGUAGUUUGUUUGACUAUUAAGGAUCCACCUGAAAUUCAAGUAGAAACACAAUUGGAUGCUGCUGAUGAGCACAAAGAUCAAAAAUCUAACAAUUUUAUAGAGGAAAAACAGCUAAAAUCUGUGAUAAAUGAACAUUAUUCAACAAUAUCUGACAGUAAAUCAAGAAAAAGCAGGAGAAAGUCAAACAAAGCAAGUGCACUUUCUGUCAAAGAUACUUCAAAUGAACCUUCUACAAGUAAGGAUAGUUUAACGAAUAUAAGACCCAAACGGCAGACAAGAGAUCGUUCAAAAACACCUGGAUCUUUGGAUGUUUCAGAACUAAAGGGAAUCAUAGAAAAGGGUACUGCUCGUGAGAAAGCGACUGAGGAAGCUCAGGAAGAGGUUAAAGAUGCUGAGUAUGCCAAUUUACCAUUAAAGACAGCAGAAAACACGAUUUCAGAGGAAAAUCAGGAAGAAGAAAAAAGUGCUGAGGAUCCAGGUUUAUCUGCGAAGUCAAGGGGAAAACGAAAACCUCGGAGUUUAACUAAAGUCACUCCUGCAACACAACUAGACGUGGUUAAAAAUUCCGAAUUAAAAACGGAGAGUAUAGGUUCUAAAGAACCGGAGGAAGCUUUACCCUUAAUGACAGCAGAAAAUACAAAUUCAGUGGAAAAGAUGGAAAAGCAAAUAUCCGUUGAGGAGCCAGUGACAUCUAUUAAAUCAAAAAGAAACCGAAAGUCGCGUUGUACCUCACCAAAAAUUAAAGUCCCACCUGUUGUUCAAGAUGAGGUGGCCACAAAUCAGGAAGAAACAUCAACAGCUAUCACAGCUGCAAAGGAACCUUUUGUAAAUACAGGAAAUGAAGAAAUUAAUGUUCCUGGAGAAUCUUAUGAUGCUGAAGCCUCUGUAAAACCAAAAGAAAAAAGGCAGUCCCGAUAUAGUAGGAUUAAAACCGUUUCAAUAACUCCCGCGGCUUCUGAACCUGAAAAAGUAGCCAAUCCUGUGAUAACCACUCUUACUGAGGAUUCAAGGGAAGAGAAUUCUUCAGAGAAUGCAACCGAAGCUACCAAUUCCAAAGGGAAACGCAUAUCUCGGAGUAAAACGCCAAUAAUAUUAGUUUCACAAGAGAAAGGAGAAGAGGUUAAUUUAUCCGAGGAGCCGAAUCAAACAACUAGUACUGUAAAAACUAUGAAAACACGACAAUCUCGAAAUAAUACAGCUAAUAAAGUAAUAGUUCCAACAGUUAAUCUAAUUGAACAGACUCCAAACCCAGAGAUAAAUUCAGAAGAACCAGAGAUGAACCCUGAAUCUGUUAAAGAAGAAAAUCAACCGAAGGAACCGAUAAAACCUAAAAGAUCAAGAGGAAAACGACAAGCUCUAUGUACUUCCAAAUCGAAUUCAACAGCUUCUCAAGAUACUGCGUUUGAAAUGCCAUCGAUAACCUCAGAAGAACCUCAGCCUGUAGAAGUAGAUUCUGUGGUGGCACGGGUCAAACGGAAGACUCCAUCUCGUUUAGGUUCAGUUCCACCGGAUAGCACCCCCAAAGAUAAAGAACCUGCACCCAUAACAAGCAGAAGAAGUAAUGCAGCGGAAGUAUCUACUCCAAAGACGCGUAAGAGUCGGUCCACAAAUUUCAGUGAGACGAUUUCAUCGAAACCUGAAGAGCCUAAAGUCCCAGCAAAAAGGGGAAGAAAGCGAGCGGCUCCUGUCGAAACGGAAGCCGAUUCGGCCAAAAAACUAAAGAUUGAGGAGAGUUCGGAAACGGUUAGUAUAGUUGACUUCAAUCUAAGGCUGCUGCUCAUUCGAAAGCGGGAACAAUUGGACACCGAAGAGGAUGUUACUGAAAAUGGAAAGGGUGAAGGUCCGCUGCAAUGUGGCUUGUGUAUGAUGCGUUGCGAUAAGAAAAAUUGGCAAAGCCAUCUGGGAGAGCACUAUGGAGUGGGUUGGACGGUUGGAGACACACCCAAGAAAAUCACGCGCGCCUCGGUGAUGACAAUGAUGAAAAACCAUCUCCAAAACAGCGCCGAGAAGCUAACAUGUCGCCUCUGCAAUCACCAAUUGGGCACUCCUCUGGGCAUGUUGCUUCACCUGGAGGGCUGUGGCAAUAAACAGCGAAUUGCGUGCGACUUCUGCAACCGCUCCUACACUAAACUCUCGCUCCCGGGACACAUAAGAACCUGUCCAAAGCGUCAGGUACAUCAGAACGAGGAUGAUCAGGAGCCUGCGGAUGGAGUUGUCGCUGAAACGGUGUACAGCAAUGCGGGCCGUGCCAAACGGAAGUCCACAAUCAAGGCUGAAACGAAAUUGAAGAAAAUAGGAGAGGAACUGACUUCAAAAAAGGCGUCAGACGAGACUUCCGCCAAACACGACUUCGAUGGCGAUUCAUCCGACUACGACAUGGCCAAAGACAAUGAGUCGUCCGAGGAAUAUGAUUCGGAAGGAGCCGAUUCCAACGAGGAUGCCCCAAGCACCGAAGAUGAGGACAGCCUUGCUGGUAAUAAACGAAACGAAAAGGGACAUGUUAACAGGAAAAGGAAAAUAAAACGGGCGGUAAAUACGGGGGAGUGUCAGCAGAAACCUUUACUUUCACGAUAUCACCACUUGGAGGCAAGGGCAACCCACAAAUGGAAGGAAUUCAUACAACGAAAUUAUAAAGCAGGCCCCUUGUUUAGCCAGUUCCUGCCCAGCUAUUCGAAGGUUUCUCCAGAGGAAGCUAGUUUUUUGUUGCCCUCCAAGGAGACAACAUCCAUACGUUAUGCUUAUGGUAAGGUUAGCAAAGAAGACGACUGGAAACAGCUUGCACCCUUAGAGGGUUUCAACAAAAAAGGUGAAUAUGUGGGCUAUCUUGGCAGGCCUAUUAAGCAACUCGCCUGGGUCCCUCUGCCCCCGAAAAUUACGGAUCAGUAUUUAUUAUGCAACCUGCGUCCGAAGAUGAAAACCUUUGCAAGACAUACACAACUGAGGGAUGAAGAAGCCCUCUUGAUGUUGCUGAAAUGUACGGUGUUAUCCGACAAUUCCGAUGACAAAUCGUGGGGUCUUCGUCCGGAGCUUCAUUACGGAAUUCGUGUGCCCAACGGGCCAGUUCAUAGUUUCUGUUUUUUGCCCAGCGGUGGCUAUGAUAAGUCAUCCAAUCGUUUAGGCCUUUUGGCUAUCGGCAGUUCUUUGAGUGAUGUCCACAUCUAUGCUCUGCCUUUGGAUCUGACGGAGGAAAAGAGUGCAGACGACAAUGUUAUCAUUCAAUUGGAAUCCUUGAUUACGCUCAGCUUGGAUGUCAACAAUCCUGUUCGGGAUCAGUGCACUAAAGUUUGCUGGUCACAGGCAUCAGGCCACAAUUUUUUAGCGACUGGCUAUGGCAAUGGCAACAUUGCCUUUUGGGACAUUGGUGAUACGGAUAACAUUAACUGCUUCAAUCGGAACAAUCAAACCUAUUUUAUGCCUCUGACUUACUUUUACAUAGGCGAACGAAAUGUGCAAUUUAUGGAUAUACAUUAUGAUAAAAAUGGACCACGUUGGCUUGCGGUUGGCACUUCCAUACGUCAAUUUAUUAUCUACGAUAUUGCGAAUUGGUCCCAACCCGUCAUACUGACUCAGGACACCAUCUGCACUCUAUAUAUGGCUAAUAUGACUUGGUCCCCUAUUUGUGAAACACUAGUCGUUAGCAGUUCACAUUUUAAUCGCACAAUAGCGGUUAGUCCAUCGGGUAUACAAUUCGAUCAUCGGACCCUCGAUGGAACCCUUACGACCACACGUGAAAUGCACACGAAUUGCCAGCAAAAUCACAUGGUGUUCGUGACGGACAACGGUGAUCUGGUAUUCCUGGAUGUGCGAGAUCUCAACUGUGGGCCCGCUCUGCUAAAGUCGGUGACCAACAGACGGGUCGUAUCCACAACUGAGUUGCAUCAUCUGGGCGCCAAUGCUCCGAAGGCUAAAGUUCCUAUUAACGCGGAUCAGUUUCUUCGCGACUAUGGAGUGCAAAUCAAUCCGCUGGUCCCCGCGCCCCAUAGAAAAAAAUCCUCUUACCUGGACGCCAAGCGUCGACCACAAAACGUACACACUUUGGCCCUAACCAGAUUCAAUUGCGUUCGAUGCAAUUGGAACUCGCCCGCCCACACUUGGGUGGCCAUGGGCGCUGAACAUGGACUGCUGCGGAUCCUUAAUUUCGAUCGAGAUAAAUUCUUCUAAAGGACAUCUCGGUGAUCUCUCUCUGGCAUCUAAAAAUCUUCUGAACAAGCAACAUCUGAGAUUAUAAAUUAUUGUUUUACCACAUAAGUUGAUUACUUUUAGGACUCGUCAUAGGACGGUUAUAAUUUAUAUAUAUUUGUUGUAAAAAUAUAUAUAUUAUAUAUAAUAUUUUAUAUGGAGUUAUCGUAGUUUAUAACGAAAUAUUCUUGCUUUGCAAAUAAAUAUUACUACUUGUAAUAUAAAUAAUCCAUUUUCUUUUGAAUGGUAAAAGU